CUAACUCUCAGAGAAUCGUAACGACCCACCCCCACAAUCUUUGUCAAUAGCCGCAAUCUACCUGGUCACGCGAUACAAUGGCUUCCGCAGUCGACAACAACACGAACUUGAACGGAGAGUCCAAAUCCGCGCGCAAACGAGCCUCGAAAGGGAGCACAGAGGCCAAUGGCACCGCAUCCACCCUUCCCGUAGUUCCAUUGAAUCACAUUAAAGAGAACUCUGCUGCAGCCGACUCAGAAAAUGCCACCGACCACCCAUACCUUCGCGAGCUUCAAAAGCAGAUUCGUAACAUCACCAAGAAGUUGAGCGCAUCGCAGAAGAUCGACGCAAUAAUUGCUGAGAACCCCGGCAAAUCGCUCGACAGCCUGGUUGCCGAUCGCAAACUCAACGCUGACCAGAAAGCUGCUGCGCUCAAGAAACCCCAACUUCAGGCCCAACUUGCCCAACUUGAGGAGCAAAGUGCCCACUAUCGCAAGUUCGAUGCCGACUAUCAAGUCAAAUUCAAUAAGCAGCGAGAAGACUUGCUUGCGACACACCGUGACGAAAAGGCUGUGGACGCUGCCAUCAACCUCAUCGAAGGCUCAAGCGAGCAAGUACUGAGCAUCGAGGGCACCCCAACACCAAUAACCUACGCCCAGGUCAAGGAGGCUUCCGUCAGCCAUGCGCCAUUUCAAGCAGAGGAAGCAUGGCUCGAAUCGGUAGAGGAGGCGAGAGGCGGUCAGCCUGCAGAAGAAGUGCCGGGUGCGAACGGCUCGGAUCCGACGAUCGUCAAUGCGGGACUUACAGAAUUGAAUGCUCAGUCAACAGCCGCGGCAGCGCAAGAGCAAGUUCCUACUGUUCAGGUUACUGUCGGUGAAACCAGUGGCAACGUCGCUGGAGACCGCUGGGAUACCGCUGCAGCAGGAAAUUCGAACGAAAGCGCACUAGAAGAAAGCUACGAGAUAAUCCCUCGCCCUGCUGAAGAGGUCAACGAUACGACAGGCGCUGCACCUCUGCCACCGCAAGGUCUCAACUGGGCAGAUGAGCCCUCGACACAUGAUGUGCCUACCGGCAAUCAGGCUGGUGAGGCAUGGGAUACCCGGGCUCCUGGAGACCAAACGGAGAGCGGCGCCGUAGCCGCAUCAGGUCCUGAUGAUGGUUUCCAUGAGGUCCCUGGCCGCAAUCGUGGUCGUGGAGGGUUCCGCGGACGUGGCGAUGGUGAAUUUCGCGGACGAGGCGGUCGCCGUGGCAAUUUCCGCGGCCGCGGAGAUGGCGAGUUCCGUGGUGGCCGCGGCGGACGCGGUGCCUUUCGCGGCGAUGGUGAGCACCGAGGUGGCCGUGGUGGAGGACGCGGUGGCCCACGCGGUGGCCCUCGGGGCGGAGGCGACGCUCCACGUGGGGCUCCGGCAUCAUAAGCCAUAGAGACGCAGCAUUGCUUGCGACGUCGUGAGGAGCAUUGGCCCUUACUUGACCACCUGGCGAUACCGUAUGGAAGCAU